CGGAUGCCUUGAAAUGAUUGGAAUAGACCGAAAAUUGGAUAUAAAACAGUUGCUAUAUUGCAUUAUUUAUAUAUAUAAUUUAAAAAAUAGACAGAAGUCUGUGUGUUGGAAAAUGUAUGGCCCAAUGGACCAUCGACAGGCCCAUGAAGAAAUGAAACAAAGUUGGAAGCCCAAAGGCCCAGGAAUCAAACCGGUGGCAGUACGACACGUCGUAAAGCCUGGCAGUGCCGCCUGCAACCCAACCUAACGCCUGAAAAUUGAAGUCAAAUACACAGAACGAACAGUCACACUUUUCCAAUGAAUGCAUCUUCUUAAAACUCCAGUUUCUUCUCAGAACAACGCGAGAUUGAAAAUUUGAAGAUCGAGAAGAAGAAUGUCGAAACGAGAAGAGAGUACCCGAAAACCCGAGUCAGAACCCGACCCCGAGUAUGUCAACAUCAAGGUCAAUGGACAGGAUGGGAGCGAAGUUUAUUUCAGGGUUCGAAAGAAAACCCAACUGAAGAAGCUCAUGGCAUCGUACUGUCAACGACAAGGCCAGGAUCAACGAAUAGUUGCUUUUCUGCUCGACGGCCAUCACAUCACCGGAAACCAGACCCCGGAGCAGCUGGAGCUGAAGGAUGGAGAUGAAAUUGAUGCGAUGAAUCACCACGGCGGUGGCGGCGGAGCGAACUGCGGUUUCCUCUGAAAAUGGCGUCCGGUCCGAGCCUCCGGCGAGGUGGUUUUUGCGUUUUGGUUAAAGAAGACGAUGUUUCAGCCGCACGUCUAAUUAUAUCUUCUUUUUGUAAAAAUAAUAACUUCUCACGUGUGUUUAAUUUGGGCUUUUUAAUUGGAUCCGUUUGCUCAUUUUCUUCUGUAGGCCCAAAUCACCGAAGCCCGGCCUUCUUAAGAACAUCAUAAAAUUAGGGUUACAAAUUCGCCGCCCCUAAACGCUAAACUCUCGGCCCCGUUGGCUCCAUAAAUAUCGACCUUCCCAUUCGACUUCUUCACCAUUCUGUAGUUAAUUUGUCUGUGGCUGUGGCUUCUCUCGUUUCUAUAGAAGUAGUUUGAUUUUGAUUUGGAGUAUGAUUAAAGGAUUUUAGGGUUUUGUUUUUGAAGUUCGCCGGCGAUUUCGAUUUGUUCCAAUGAGGAAGCUCUCCCAAAAUUGAUAGGAAGUGCCGUAUGACACUCCAAACAGCAGCGAGAUUCCGGCGACUCGGCUGUGUUCCCAUCCGCCGGUGAAAUUCGCCGCCGGUUCGUCUCUACCCGGAGCUGUCUGGUUCUGUUGGGUUUUGCCGGUCGGGAAUCGCACCGUUUUCGUGGUUUCUCCUGUGUGGUUGAUUUGAAACGGGUCUCUGAGGAUUUUUCAUGAAUUUCUUCUUCUUCUUGUGUGGUCUCUUCGGUUCGAUGCCACGUCGUUGGUAGCUCAAGAGCUGUGACCUUCGAUGCUAUGAUUGAACCAAAAACGAAUUUUCACAUCUUGAUAGGAAUCUGUGGAUCUCUUUUCGUAGGUUUACAGAGCCGUUUUGUGUGAUUACAUCUUAAAAUUAUCAUUUUAAUCGACUUUUAAUCCUAAAACACAUUCUAUUCUGUUUCUAUUUUCCGGAGUUCAAAGUUAUAAUUCCUUUAGUAGAAAGGAAAAAAAAAUUUAGUUUUAGUUGAAAUGCCAAUGAGGAUUUUGAUCUUUUAGUUGGAAUUACCGACUGAUUUUCUCUUGAUGUCAAAUAGACUGGCUAUCUGAGGCUUUCAACAUUUCUACUUUUACUUUUUUUUUGUUCUUUCGUUAUGUUUUGUUCAUGAUUUAAUUUAUUUUCUUUGAUUUUUCUCUUUCCACCAAUAAUGGUAGGCUGUCCCUCCCAUUAAAUUUUGAUGGGUUACACAAAUAUUAUACAAAGCAUAAAAAAUGGUUAAGAUUCAA